GAUCUGUCCUCUUCGCCGCGCCUCUCAACCACUUCAUCCUCGCGCCCACUCCAGCCCUCCCGUCUGUACCCUCAAGCUUCCUGCAGUCACACCGGCCUCGGCGACAACAACACCGUCAAGAUGGUUAACCCUCAGAUUACCAACCUUGCCAUCAUCUUGGUGAUGAUGCAGGUGUCCAAGAAGAUCCCCUUCGAUGACCCGGCCGUCCUCAACGGCGUGCGCGCGCUGUACCUCGUCUCCAACCUGAUAAUCACCUGCAUCUACCUCUACGUGCAGUCGCAGAUCAACAAGAAGAAGGACAUGACGGUCCUCAAGUACGUGGAGCCAGCGCAGCCGGGCAGCGGCGAGGAGCCCAAGGCCGUGACGACGACGGUCCACGCGUACGACCUGCAGCAGCUGAAGUCGCUGUGGAAGGCGCAGGUCAUGGGCGUCGGCAUGAUGGGCGUGAUGCACCUGUACUUCCACUACACGAACCCGCUCCUGAUCCAGAGCAUCAUCCCGCUCAAGGGCGCCUUCGAGGGCAACCUCGUCAAGGUCCACCUGCUCGGCCACCCCGCCAGCGGCGACCUCAAGCGUCCCUGGAAGGCGGCUGCUGGCCUCAUGGGCGCGAUGCAGGGCGGCGAGAUCAAGACGGACAAGAAGAGCAUCGAGCAGGCCGAGAGGGCUGGCCGUGGCGGCGCCAAGGAGGAGUAGACUGCUCCCGAUUGAGCGGGCCGCGUAUGCUGCAUAGCUAUGCUGGAUGAAUAAUGGGGAUGAACCUAGACAACAUGGCUUUGUUGUCCAUUUGAAAAGUAGAUGGCUUCCGAGCUUCAGGGGAAAUACAGCCAACUUUGGCCUCAUGAUGCGUUGUACAUGAUGACACCAU